CCAAGGACCAGAAUGACGACAUUGCUCGUCUAUUUUCCACCUAUCGAUCACCUCCUUCCUCUCGCCAAUGCCCAUCGUUCCGCUGCUCCGUCCCUAGAGAUCAGAUUCCCCACGCACGAACGCCAUGGAGGAAGCCCUAGUAGGAAGGCUGGAGGCUGCGGUGUCCCGGCUGGAAGCUAUCAAUGCCAGGGCCCAGCCGUCGGCCGUGCCGCACGACCUGGCCUACCAUGAGUCGGCGGCGCAAGACCCGGCGAUCUUGGCGUUCGACGAGCUCGUCGCUGACGCCGUCGGGAGGCUGUCCGCGGCUGCCGGAAAGAUCGGCGCGGAAGUCGCCGAGGUGACCAAUGUGCUCGAAAAGGCGUUCUUGGUAGGGAAGGUCCUUCUUGUCAGGACCAAACAGACUCAGAAGCCAACCGUGGAGUCCAUGGCGGUGUUCAUGGGGCCUCUGAAUGAAACAGUCCUGGAGGCGAACACGUUGGCGGAGGGGACGAGAUCGAACCAUGCCAACCAUCUGAAAGCAGCCGCCGGUAGCCUGGCCGCUUUGGCGUGGAUUGGUUACACCGGCAAAGGUUGCGGUAUGCCCCUUCCAAUUGCUCAUGUAGAAGAGAGUUGGCAGAUGGCAGAGUUCUACAGCAAUAAGGUGCUCGUGGAGUACAAAAAUAAGGACCCGGAUCAUGUGGAAUGGGCUAAAGCACUUAAAGAGCUUUACGUGCCUAAUUUACGCGACUAUGUCAAGAAGUUUUACCCACUGGGUCCCGUGUGGCAACCUCCUGGCAGUGUGGCAAACAAGGCACCUUCUGCCCCUUGUCCUCCUUCUGCAUCUCUUUGUAGCUCUUCAGCAACAUCAUCACAACCUACAGCUGGGAUGUCUGCUGUCUUCGCUGAAAUUAGCUCAGGGAAACCAGUCACACAAGGUCUUCGGAAGGUGACAAAUGACAUGAAGAGCAAGAAUAGAACAGAUAGAACUGGUGUUGUAGCCGCUGAAGCGAAAGAACCUCGCAUUGUAUCUGCCCCUAGCUCAACAAAAGGUCCUGCUCCUGCAAAGUUGGAGCUUCAGAUGGGUCGCAAAUGGGUGGUUGAGCACCAUAUUGGGAACAAGGGCCUAACUAUUGAAGAUUGUGAUACCAAGCAAUCGGUAUAUGUAUACGGAUGCAAGGAUAGUGUGUUGCAAGUUAAAGGCAAAGUGAACAACAUAACUAUUGAUAAGUGCAGCAAAAUGGGAGUAUUGUUCAAGGGAGUCGUCGCGGCUUGUGAAGUUGUGAACUGUAACAGUGUAGAGGUUCAAUGUGAGGGUUUGGUGCCAACUAUAUCAAUAGAUAACACAUCUGGCUGCCAACUUUAUUUAAGCAAGGAAUCUUUAGAAGCGUCAAUAACGACAGCUAAAUCAAGCGAGAUUAAUGCUCUUGUUCCGGAUGUGAACAGUGAGGGUGAUUGGACAGAGCAUUCCUUGCCCCAGCAGUUUAUACACGCAUUCAACGAUGGGCAAUUCAUAACAACACCAGUAUGUCACUCUGGCGCUUGACCGGCAUUUCCUCCUUCGAUCAUCUUUUCCCCCUUUGGCUCGAGCUCCGUUGCAGCAGCGCACAUUUCUAAAAUCCUAGAUAGGAAAAAUAAUGACAUACCUCAUGUCAUAUACGGAUGUACGACAUUUUGGAACGACUUCUAAUGAAUGUAGAGGCACGGCGAUACUUCCGGUGCCAAACUUUAUUUUUUUUUGGUUUUCAGUUC